GUCGGGGAUCCAAAACGGACCCCUUGACCCUUGACCCACCCUGACAACAAAUCAACAGCCGCAGAACCACCAACAUAUCCGUAUCUUUCCGUGUGGCUACCAGUAUCUAUUGAGAAUGAAGGUGUUUGUCUCUUGGUCCGGCGAACGAAGCAAGAAGGUCGCUCUGAUAAUGUUUGAUUGGCUCAAAGACUUGUUACCGAAUGCGGAACCAUGGAUGUCCGCACGCAGUGUGGAAGCAGGACAGUGGUGGGUUGGAGAGCUCCAAAGCAGCAUGCAAGAGGCUGAAUUUGGCAUCCUUUGCUUGACUCCGGAAAAUCUCCAGUCACCUUGGAUCCUUUUUGAGGCCGGAGCUCUAAUGAUGGCCAACAAUAAGAAUGGAACUGAAGGCAAUGCCAAGAUUGGCAGAGUGAUACCCUUGUUGGUCGGGUUGCGAAAGGCAGAAUUGACAUUUCCCUUGGCUCAGUUUCAGGCCGUCGAGUCGGACCGUCAAGGAUUCUGGGAGUUGGCUUUGGCGGCGAACCAAUCUCUGGCGGUAGACGAAAGUGCAGAACCCUCCAAAGUAGCCCUGAACAAAAAGUUUGCCGCCUUAUGGCCGACUCUCCAGGCGCGUAUUCAGUCUAUCCAGGAGAUGAGUGCUGCCACCGACGAUCAGAAAGGGGGCGCAGGUAAGAAACUCUCCGACCGAGAAAUGCUUCAAGAAGUCUUGGAAAAGGUUCGAAACCUUGAAAAUGUACCAAACAACAACAUCAAUAGAGCUGCGGAACAGCAACAGGAUUGGGAAGACUAUUUCAUUCAGGGUCUCCACCAUGCAAAUAGACGCAACGGCAGAGAAUCCGACAAGCAGGCUUUGUAUUACUAUUCGCUCUGCAAAGCUACCAUGCCAGACUACCUGCCACCCAACGAAAAGGCUCGGCUGAUUACCUAUCACGCUGCCAUACUCAAGCGACUUGGUCGGCUCGACGAAGCCGAAAGCGAACUUUCUUUGGCUCUCAAACUGGCCACUCAGCAUGAUGAAAUUGCGGAUGCCCUUUACAACAUGGCCGGUGUGUUAUCCAUGAAGGGGGAGACCUCACAGGCACUGGAUUGCCUCGAAAAAAUGGUAGAACGACAGCCAUGGCGGCGUCUCCCCCACGCCUAUUUCUUCAAUGUCUGGCACGAACCAAGAUUCCAAGCUCUCCAGAGACGAAUUGCACACCAUUUGGGGAAUGAAGCGCGCUUACUUGGCCAACUCAAGACCCGAAACGACCCCAUGCACGACUAGCACCUGGGCUCGUGCAUGCAACGCUUACGCUGUCGGCCGUCCGCUCAUUAUGGAGUGGGAACGAAAAGGAGAAGCACAACAUUGACACAGCACGGGCGGUUGCUUGGGUGCAAUUUUGGAUACUCGUGGUCUUGUGGGAUGGAUGGACACAAUGGAAUGGAAUCGCAAUUCACGGCUGCCCCCUUCCUCUAGACAGUUUUCCCCUGAUCCUACGCCAGUACGAAGCCAAGCAGUAGACACAAAA